UGCUAUCAUCAUAAUUUUGGUAAUAAUGGUUUUUUCAUGGAACCUAGGGCUAAUUGGCCGCAAUCACACUCUAAUUACCAUGGUCAAAAUAGCACGAGUAUAUUGCAGAAUGAUGGCAUGGUUUCUAUUCCUCCUAAUUUUGGAAACACAUCAGCAUUGCAACAACAGCAACUAAACUAUUCAUUCAACCUAAUUUUGGAAAGAUCUUAUUGUGAUUCUCAGAAGCCCAUAUUUCUUGAUAGUAGUAGUACUCAUGGGAGGAUUGAUGGUGGGAGUAGUAGUUUUGGAGCAGCACAAAUUGGAAAUUGUGUAGAUUCUUUUGGAAGGUCAUUGCGGGAUCUCGAUCAGACAUAUGCGCACCUAGGUGGAAUGAACUACUUCCCAAUGGGGACUUCUCAGGGGAACCCCCAAGGCAUGCUUCAAAAUACUGCUUCUCCAUAUCCCGCUGUUCCAACUCUGUAUCCGUCGUAUACGCCAACUGAACAACCAUCUAAGGUUCAACCCAAGUCAGCAAAAUGUGGUGUUACCCCUCAUUCAAAUGGAGUUUCUGGGUCUUCCCGGUACACAGGGUGCGAGUCCAAAUGUGAAUAUUGUGGUAAAAAUGCACCUCUAGUUGAUUAUUUCUUGAAGAGGACUGUGGAAUCAUUCAGAGACCAACAUCCCAAAUUAUGUAAGAAACUGGACAAAUUAUGUUGGCAUUUGAGGAAAUGCACAAUCAGAGGUGUGACUGCUCAAAGUACCAGCAUUCUGUUGACUGUUCACUUGAUGGUUUCAAGUAACUUCAGAUUUCUCAAAAGAUAGCCCCUCAUUCACUGAGUUUAAUGAAAAGUACCCAGGAUAUUAGUGUUGGAGGAGAUGGUGGUGAUUUCACACAUAAAACUACGAAGUUCGAUGGCGGAUUUAGACAUAUGCGUGCUUCAGUCGACCUGAUUAUCACUUCCCAAGCAUUGCAGCAGCAGCAACCAAAUUAUUCAUUCGACGGUCCAUUCGGCUCCAUGGUGAGAUCUUACUGUGAUUAUCAGAUGCCAUUCUUUCUUUAUAGGAGUACUUACAGGGGGAGUGAUGAUGAUAGUAGUAGUACAUAUGGGAGGAGUGAUGUUGGUACGACAAACAGGCAUCAACAGCCAUUGCAACAAACCCCGAGGACUAAGUGCGAGUCCAAACAAGUAGCAUGUAUGAUAAAAACACCUUUUACCCAGUUCAAGAAUCCAAACUACCGUCAAAAUGAUGUUGGAUACAGAGCUAAGUAUCAAUAACUUUUCAUCAAAUCGAUCACUUCCAUUAUAAAAGAGCUAAGUAUCAAUAACUUAUGAUUAUUUGAUUUUUCCUUGUUUUUGAUUAUUGCACCCAACAAUCUGGAGACAUUAGAGUUUGUAAUAAUCAUGGAGUGAAAAACAAAAAACGAAUUUUUGGUCA